UACACCAUGGAGCUGCGGACUGUCAUUCUCAGUGUGGCCUGCCUAGCCUGUUUAAUCCCUGCAGCCCUGAGCAUGGAAUUCUUUCCAGCCGCUGUAGCAAAUGCCGCACUUGAUGGCAAGGGCGCGCUUCUCGCUAAAGGAGCACUAGUAAAAGGUGCUCUUGUAAAAGGAGCUCUUUUAAAAGGUGCUCUACUAAAAGCGGCUCUUCUGAAAGGGGCCCUUCUAAAAGGGGCUCUUUUAAAAGGAGCAAUUAUUAAAGGAGCACUGCUUGCAAAAGGGGCGUUGGCACUGAAAGGGGCUGCACUUGCAAAAGGUGCUCUAAUUGCUAAAGGAGCGCUUGCUGCCAAGGCUGCAUUGGUCGCUAAAGGGGUGCUCGCUGCGAAAGGUGCUCUCUUAGCAAAGAAAGCACUUGUGGCAAAGGGCGCACUUCUAGCUAAGGGGGCGGCGGCUGCGCUCGCUGCGAAGGGCGUCGCCGCGGUCGCUGCCAAAGCUGCUGCUGUCAAAGGUGCCGCGUUGCUGGCUAAAGGAGCGGCGGCAAAGGGGGCGGCGUUGUUAGCGGCUAAGGGGGCGCUAGUGCAUUCGCCCCUCACCGCCCUGCUGUCUGGAAGGAUUGUCGCCCCCCUGCCUGUGCCAGUCGCUCAGCCUGUAGCUGUACCUUACCCACCCAUCUUGCCAUUAGCAAUGGCUUCAGCGCCGGUGUUCGAGCCCCCUCUGCCAGCUGCAGCCCUACCCUCCAUUGCAGGCAGGAUCGCAGGCUGGGCCGGCGCCGUGUCUAAUCGCCUGAUCGAUACUACGGGCGCCGCUGGUGACCUCGUAGCGGCGCUCGCGCAGCGAACAGCGUCGGCGAGUGCGCCGGUCGUUUAUGACUAUCAACUAGAGGAGUCACCAAGUUUCUACGCCGCUCCUGUGAUUGAGAAGGUCGAUACUGUGUAUUGA